CUAGAAUUGAAGUCUUAGAAGCUCGGAAAACUAUUUUAUCAUUCAAAUGGUAAAAUGAACGCGUUAGGAGUAGUAUAAUCCGUAUAAACCACAGACAAGCAUCAGUGUUCUGAGGAGAUAAACUGCAAACUAAAGGUCUUCUCUGUUGGAGUUUCUUACUUGCGAGCUCAAGGGAAGCUUAUCCUGUUAAAAAGACAUGACUGGUACUCCUCAAAGACACGAAAGGAAGCAAAACGCGGCAAGUACAAAUCCACAAGAGACUAGUAAUGGUACUUCAAAGGAAGACAUCGUUUCUCCGGGAGUCAGAGUUGGUAGAUCAUAAUAAACACCACCUUUUGUCCCAUUCUGAACUACCAGAUUGGCUUCGCGGAAAUGAAUUUUUAUCCCAUUUCCAUAGACCCCCUAUGCCAUGUUUUAGAUCUUGCUUUAAGAGUAUCUUUAAACUUCACAGUGAGACGGGUAAUAUUUGGACUCAUUUGAUUGGUUUUAUUGCGUUUGUAUGCAUCACAUCGUACAUGCUUGUGCGACCCGUCACUGAGGCUUAUCCAUUUCCUGGAGACUGGCGUGAGAAACUUGUCUUCAGCUGCUUCUUCGUGGGUGCAAUCUUGUGUUUGGGAGUUUCGUGGAUUUUUCAUACUGUUUAUUGCCAUUCAAAGACCAUCUCCAAGAUAUUUCGCAGGCUUGACUACGCAGGAAUAGCAAUAUUCAUUAUGGGAUCGUUCAUUCCUCCGUUAUAUUACGGUUUUUACUGUUCGAGAGUUUUGAAGAUUGUAUAUAUGUCAAUGAUCUGUUCUCUUGGUGUCAUCUGCAUUAUUGUUUCCUUGUGGGACAAAUUCAGCGCGCCCCACUACCGACUAUUGAGGGCAGGUAUAAUGCUUUCAUUUGGUUACUGUGGAUUUAUUCCUGUGAUACAUCUCAUAUGUUUGUAUGGAAUAACUUUAGCAUACCGGCAGGCAGCGGGCGGCUGGGUUGCUCUGAUGUGUCUUCUCUACACUGCAAGUGCUGUUAUGUAUGCCACUCGAAUUCCUGAAAGAUUUUUUCCCGGCAAGUGUGACAUCUGGUUUCAGAGCCACCAGAUCUUCCAUUUACUUGUCCUGGCUGCAGCGUUUGUUCAUUUGUACGGAAUUUGUCAGAUGGCACAAUACAGAUUUGAAAAGGGAACUUCGUGCGAAAGUUGA